AUGGAGUUUUUUGAUAAGUACGAAUCUGUUCUUGAUGAAGGAAAAUUUACAGCCCAGCAAAUUUACAACGUUGAUGAGACCGGCUUGAGUACUGUGCAUAAGCCUCCAAAAGUAUUAGCUCUUAAGGGCAAACAUCAAGUUGGUGCUGUUACAAGUGGAGAGCGGGGUUUAAACACAACAUGCAUCUGCUGUAUGAACGCUGCUGGAGAAUUCAUUCCACCUAUGCUGAUUUUUAAACGCAAAAGAAUGACAGAUGAUCUUAAAAGAGGAGGACCACCAAAUACAGUGUACAGUUGCUCUGAUAGUGGAUGGAUAACUUCUGAGUUAUUCGUUGAUUGGCUGAAGCAUUUUAUCAAGUCUGUAAGGCUAGAAAAAUCUAAAGAAAGGCAGAUCCUUCUCAUUUUAGAUGGACAUUCGACGCAUACCAAAAACUUAGAGGCUAUCAAUCUCGCACGUGACUAUGGUAUUGUAAUGCUGUCCUUGCCACCUCACACCACCCAUAAGCUUCAACCGUUGGACCGAUCGUUUUUCAAACCUCUGAAGCAAAAUUUCAACGCGGCUUGUACAUCAUGGAUGAGAAAUCACCCUGACUGCGUAAUAAAGCAGGCAAACAUAUCAGAGCUUUUGGGGAUGUCAUACCGUCGAGCUGUUUGCAUGGAAACAGCUAUACACGGAUUUGAAUCUUGUGGACUAUGGCCUUGUAAUCGGUUCAAAAUCAGAGAUGACGAAUAUGUUAUAUUGAACGAGGAUUGUGAGGAGCAACAAAAUGUAGGUUCAUCAGUUAGCUCCCAUUUGGCUGUGGAACAACAAAACCUUGAACCGGAUCAGCCAGCAACAUUGACGUCAAACGCUAAACCAAAUGCUGCACAAGAAAACCAUACUCCGGCACCUUUGAAUCCAGAUGGUAAGGAGAUUUCAAAGUUAGGUUUUUAG